UCCGCCACACACAAGAUGGCGCCGAGGCCGCGCCCCUCUCUACGGCGGCCGGGAGGGGCCGCGCUUCUCCCGCCGCGCACGCGCGGAGGCGCCGUGACUAAGAUGGAGGCCGGGGCAGCAGCGGCGCCGACACCGCCACCGUUCUGGGCCGGGGGUCCCGCCCCGGGGCAGAUCUACAUCCCCGGGGGCACCGGGAUAGCGCCCCGAGCGGGGACAGGGCCCUCAUCCCGCACGCUGACCCCGAUGGUGACGGGCACGUCGGUGCUGGGGGUGAAGUUCGAGGGGGGGGUGAUGCUGGCGGCCGACACCAUGGGCUCCUACGGCUCCCUGGCGAGGUUCAGGGGCAUCUCCCGCAUCCUCAGGGUCAACGACAGCACCGUCCUGGGCGCCUCGGGGGACUACGCCGACUUCCAGUACCUGCGGCAGGUCAUCGACCAGAUGGUGAUCGACGAGGAGCUGCUGGGGGACGGCCACACCUACAGCCCGCGGGCCAUCCACUCGUGGCUCACCAGGGUGAUGUACAACCGGCGCUCCAAGAUCAACCCCCUGUGGAACACCGUGGUCAUCGGCGGCUUCUCCGGCGGCGAGGGGUUCCUGGGAUACGUGGACAUGCUGGGAGUGGCCUACGAGGCGCCGACGUUGGCCACGGGGUUCGGGGCCUACCUGGCUCAGCCCCUGAUGAGGGAGGUCCUGGAGAAGAAGCAGAGCCUGUCCCAGGACGAGGCCCGGGAUCUCCUGGAGCGCUGCCUGCGGAUCCUCUACUACAGGGACGCCAGGUCCUUCAACAGGUAUGAACUCGCCACCGUCACGGAGAAGGGGGUGCAGGUGGAGGGACCCCUGACCCUGGAAGCCAACUGGGACAUCGCCCACGUGGUCAGUGGCUCAGAGUGAACUUCCCGGGAGCUGCUCCGAGGUCGCCCCUUUUGUGUCCCACCCACCCCAUCCCUGUCCCCCUGGAACGUCUGAUCCAUGUUUUGGGAAUAAAAACAGACCUUUUAAAAA